GACAACCAUUUCAUCACUCGCUCUGUUUUUCCCCUCUAUCGUGGAGCACUCCAUUUCUGUAAUUUCCGCGCAUUGUAUCGCUAGACGGCGCGCUUCACUCUCGUCGAUUUACUUUGAACGGGCGGAGAAAGUCAUAUCAGUUGUCGUGCAGAUGAGCUUCGAGGCAUACGUCUGUGAACGUGUCACUGUCGUAAACUGAUAGAAGUUGACUCUGGUGGUUCGUGGAGAGAGAUACUGACUGGGUUAAUCGACCGUGAAGAUGUCUAAACUUGCGAUUGUUCUGUGUCUCGGGUUUCUGCUGCUCAUUGUCUCACCAUGCGAGUGUGUUACAAUACGAGGAGAGAAAGUAGACGAAGUAACGGAGGUGAUGGAAAGUAUGACUGCCAGAGCCAAGGGUGCACAUGUGCGAGAGGAUGGUCAUGCAGUUUCUCAAGGGCCUCUUAAGUGUAGUUGGCUCUACUCAUGGUGUUGGUCCGAUUGGGAUUGCUGCACUACCUGGUGUAACGGAUACUGCUAUUGCCUGCGGAACUACGAUUGGUGCUACUACGAUUACGAAUGCUGCUCAGGAUGGUGCGAUAGAUACUAUGGGUGUAUUAACUACUACAAUCAUCAGCCGAACAAUGGGGCGGCUGCUCUGUCUUCAUCAGUUGAAGGCGCGAGGAAGCCGGUGGAGAGAAAUUAAUAGAACUGUAUGCUAUUUGAUAGAAAGAUCUCCUUCUCUAUGCAUGUAAAUUCCAGCCCUCUGUUUUUACUGUCACACAAAAGUUCAUAGUGAAGGGGCAAUAGUAAUAUGACAAAAGGUAUUGGAAGAUCCCAUCUAGCGGUAUUAAUCGUUAACGGAUGAGUCCUAACGGGUAACAUGGGCCUGCCCAAGUAGCAUGACUCGAGAAAUCGGCCGUUCUGCACCUAAAAUAUCCAUAUAUAUUCAGAGUAAAGGGGGAUAAACUUCCUGCAACGCGCUUGCGUUCUAUACUUACUACUUCGUUUUGUAUGGUUGGCUAUGGCCGUCGUCUGUCCGACAAAAGCAAAGUGACACUUGUAUAUUUGUGUAGCAGGGUACGCUUGUAAAUUUGAAUAUCUUCA